AUGUCUGUCAACAACAUAAAAGCCUACAACACUGAAGGACAACCCUAUCUGUCUGAACAUACCAUGGAAGAAAGACCAGAGGUUUUCAAUAAAUGGGAAAAGGGGAUGACUGGGUUUCCCUGGAUUGACGCCUGUAUGAGGCAGCUGCGCAGUGAGGGAUGGAUCCACCAUGUGUGUCGCCACGCCGUCGCCUGCUUCCUCACUCGAGGCGAUCUGUGGAUCAGCUGGGAGGAGGGACUUCGAACAUUUUUGACGUACCUCCUUGAUGCUGAUUGGUCAGUAUGUGCUGGAAACUGGAUGUGGGUAUCAAGCUCUGCCUUUGAGCGUAUUCUGCAGUGCUCCAAAUGUUUUUGUCCAGUUGGUUACGGCCGCCGUAUUGACCCAUCAGGAGAAUUCGUCAGACGCUACAUCCCGGAGUUGAAGGACAUGCCCCUUGUGUUUCUGUACGAGCCAUGGAAGGCCCCUCUUGAAAUCCAGGAGAAGGCGAAGUGUGUGAUAGGGAAGGAUUACCCAUCGCCUAUCGUCGACCAUCGCAAGGUGUCCAAGCAAAACAAGGAAAUGAUGGAUGCAGUUAUGCAUGUCCUCAAGGACAAGAAAAUAUCUCACUGUGCCCCAACCAGCGUGGAGGAAGUGAAGACAUUUGUCUGGGUCCCAGAGCAUACCUUCUGUGAGAUGGAAACCGACCACAAGAAAGUUUAAGCCUCCUCAUGGACCAACAGCCAGUGACACAGCACUGCAAACAAAGCAAAUGACUUGUGCUUGAAAUAUUUAUUUUAAAAGUGCUAUGAGCCCAUUUAUACCCACAGAUGAUGUGUUUCAGUUUUCAAAGUUCAUGUUCAGUCAAACCUCAUUGUGUCAGAAAACCUCAUUGUGUCAAAUAUGGAUCUGUCAAUUUCUGGUUGUUCUGAACUCACCUCCUGGGGCUCUGAAUGUUCCUUGUGCAUCUAUCAUCAUAUGACUGGAUCACUUUAUCCUUUGAUUGCCCAGCAGUCCUGACCUCUUAUGGUAGUCCCAGGGGUGGUGGGGUAGCCUAGUGGUUAAAGCGUUAAAUUCGCUGCGCGAAAAGUCCGGUUCAAUCCCACAUGGAUACAACUUUCAUCUCGAUUCACGAACAGCUAACUGCUCUCUCUACGAUUGCUGCAGUUUACGUCUAAGGCAGGAUGCUUUCUAAUGGCAUACCCAAAUCCAGUCUAGCCAAGUUACAAGCACACCUUACAUCAAAUGUGCAAGUACAUAAUUAUCUACACAUUUAGUUACUUAAUUAUUUUCAGUGAAAAUUGAAAAAUGUGGAAAAAGGAAUCUACAAGCUGUGACUAAGAAGACUGUGAGUAGUUCAGUCAGUCAGUGUUAAAUGGAACAAUAUACAAUGUGUACGAUACUACGUGAAACAUUAUUUGUUACAGUAUAGAUACAACACUGAAACAUGAGACCUGAAAGAUGAAACUGUAGAUGACUAGACAACAUAUAAUGAUGUCCCACAACAUGAUGUUGGGGUUUUCAGAAAUUCCCUUUGUUGUUUGUCUCUAACCCUGGAUUACGUUUCUCAGGUCUCCACGGCUAUGCCACAAUGAGGUUUGACACAUCUAGAAUCAUGAUGACAAUUUAAAUAAGUUAUGUUACAGGCCAAGUUACAAAUUUAUUUUAUCAGAAAAACCCUUUGAGGAUGCUUAUCCUGCGAAGCCUAGAUGUACUGUUACUCAAGAAAACUGGGUAAAUUGAUGAACAUCUCAACAUGGCAUUAACUUCUUUUUUUUUAUUGAAAAUAUAUUUUGUUGGCACACAUUAGUUUUUAAAUAAUAUUAUUUAUUAAAUCAAUACUUUCAUUAUGUUUAAAUACACAUAAACAUCUUUUUUUUAUUGAAAAUAUAUUUUGUUGGCACACAUUAGUUUUUAAAUAAUAUUUUUAUUAAAUCAAUACUUCCAUUAUGUUUAAAUACACAUAAACAUCUUUUUUUAUUGAAAAUAUAUUUUGUUGGCACACAUUUGUUUUUAUAAAAUAUUAUUUAUUAAAUCAAUACUUCCAUUUAUGUUUAGAUACAUAAUUAGGGGAGUACUUAAGCCUUAUAUUCUAUUUGAUUAAUUCCUUCUGAAGACUAUAUAUUUUUGUGGAAGUUUUUUUAUUACUUUACAAAAGGUGGAAGUUUUUUUA